UGAACUAUCAUUGACUUCACAACUUGAAGCUAGUGCUUCGUUUAGUCCGGAACAUUUCUGUAGACAGGUAAAUCAUUUUCAUCUUUAUCAGGAAUCAGCUCCUUAAUCGGACCAUAAAGCUUUGCCGAUUCCAUGGCAUUUCUCUUUAGUAUUGAUUGGCGAAAUUAUACUUUUGGGGUUUUUCACAUUUCCACUUGAAGGCUUCAAAUCGGAGUUUUAGGGUUUAAGCAUUACACUUGAAGAUCAGCCAUUUCUACACUCAAAGGUACCUUCUGUUUUCUAUUUCAUCUUCUAAUUCAGGGUUCUGCUCAGAUUGAUUCAUUGCAAAUUGUAGAUUGGGGUCUUGAACAACAAAGUCUAGGGUUUUUUAGAAAAAUGGAAGAAACAAGAAAUUCACCAUAUGGGGAAGAUAGAAUCAGUAGGUUACCUGAUUCCUUAAUUCACCAAAUCCUGUCUUUCAUUGAUACUAAAUAUGCAGUUCAGACCAGUGUUUUGUCGAAGAGGUGGAUUGAUAUUUGGAAAUCUCUACCCUUUCUGUAUUUUAAUAGGAAUUCGUUUUCCCAUGAGAAAGCUGAGAAGUUUAUUGAUUUUGUUUACAUGGUAUUCCUAUAUCGUGAUGACACCAAUAUUCAGAAGUUUAGUGUGGAUGUGGGUUGGGAGGACUCUGCAUUUGAUAAUACGAUGAUAAUGAAUGUUAAUAGAUGGAGCCUAAAUGCAGUCAAGCAUAAUGUUCAGGAAAUAAAUAUAGUAAUCGAUGAAUUGCUUUAUUCGCCAUAUGAAAUUCCUCGACGACUCCUGAGUUGUAAGUCACUGAGAAAGCUGGUAAUGAAAGUGUCAAGUGAUGCCUUUGCAGAUGUCAUUCUACCAAGAUCAAUGAAUUUACCUCAGCUUAAAGUACUAAUUUUAUAUGGAUUAUCAGUCUCCAAAGAAGAAUUAUUUGAUGGACUCUUAUCUAGUUGUCCAGUUCUUGAAACUUUAGAGAUAGUUGAUUGCGUUAUGCAAAUUAAUGAUCGGAGGAAUUCGAUUAUUGAUUCUGUCAGCCUUAAGAAGUUUACGUACAGUUGUUGGCUAAUUGAUAAAAUGGAUCACAGUAUCAAGUUAUGUGCUCCAAAUUUGAAAAUCUUCAAUUGGACAUCUUUCUUGAUACAAGAUUUUUCUUUAGAAAACUGUUCUUCUCUAUCCGAGUUAGUUUUACGCUGGAAACCAGAAGAAGAUGGGGAUACAGAAGCAUAUUCAAGUCUCACUUCAGAGAAAAAAGAAGUGUAUGCUAAACGUAUGAUGCAAUUUCUUGGAGCGGUUAAUAUGGUGAAAGCAAUGAAAUUAUCAUCUGUAUUGCUUGAGGUUCUCUCACGAGUUCCUGACUUAUCAGACUGUCAACCACCUCGCUUACGUAAUCUACAAUAUUUGACGCUGGAAAUGUGGCCUGCAAGAGGUUGCUUGCGGUCUAUAGCAUUCUUACUCAGUAUUUCUCCUAAUGUAGUUGAAAUUUGAAUCGAAGGAGUCAAAUUUAGCCGACGUUGGAGAUAACCAGGAGGAAGCAGGAUUGUCAUUGCCAGGAAUGUUGUCUCAUCUCAAGUCUGUCCAGAUUGAAGAAGUGGUAGGAUGUGAUGCUGAGCUCAAAAUUCUGAGUUUUUUGUUAAAAAAUGCGAUGGUUUUGAAGAAAGUUGAUCUAUUUAUUCGUUCUGGUGUUGGCUCACCUGAUAGAGUGGAACAAGUUAAGCAAUUCAAGGAUAAGCUAAGAGCAGUUCCUACAGCUUCUUCAAGUAUCGAGCUGGUGUUUCAUUAAAGCUUAGUAGGUGACGAUGGGAGCUUUACUAGAGCCUGCAACCAAAAGUAGUCAGACGAAAGUUCUUAAAUGGAGUUAACUAACUACAGAUGCUUCUAGUGAUGCUCUCAAGGACAGAAUUAGCCUUUUUUUAAAGCAAUUGAAGUCAUGCAAGUGCACACAGGUCAUAGCACAUGACAACGGUAUUUAUUAUGCACUCGUACUCGCUACUAAUUCAAGUUUUGGCUGCUUGUUCUUGUGUCAACCCAGACUGUUUAAAUCAUAAUUUAUGAAGGGGUAUACCAGUAUUAGGAGGGGGAUACCAAUCCACUGAUCCAGUUGUUUUAUAUGGAUUGGUAUCACCUCGCCAAUACUGGUUUUCCCAUUUAUCAAUCCUGUUAUUUUUUAUUUUA